GGCAGAGUACAGUAAUACCACAGUUUAGUGUUCCAGACAGCCAAUUCCCCCCAAUUCCCUGGUGGCGGCCGCCCGUCCCCAUCAAUUACGCGCUAGCCUCUUUCACUCGCUUUCUUGACACCAGAUCAAACAUUCCAACGUCGACCAUUAUUAUUUGGCACCUCGAAUGAGAUUCUUAACAUCUCCCUGCCAUUAAACACGCAAGCUGUUCCUUUUAUUCCAUACAAAGGGCGCUAUCUCGAAGACUGGCGUAGACUCUCUCCCGCUGCGCAAUAGUCUACCUCGAUCCCGAGUUCCUAAGGCGACACACGUCCUCUCUACCUUACGCCGGCAACGAUCACAUUCGCCCCAUCGCUGCAAUCGACUCCUAGAAAGCAGAGAACUUCGCAUGCGAAGCUCCGCCACAUCUCUCAGACGCCUUGAAGACGUAUGAUGGCAACAGAAGCCUCACCGAAGAAUAUCGUGGUUGCUCCUCCCAUAGCUGAAUCCGAACAAUCCCAGGAAAGUGCAGCUACCGAAGAUGUCUCCGCCAACCCGUUCACAGUAAAGGAUGGUAUCGAGGUUGAGCGCACUGCAACACCACUCCUCGAUGCAGCGGAUGUCGCCGUCACGUCAGCAGAUGUCAGCGUCAACGGUGGAUCGGACAGCGAGGCGGUAAAGUCAAAAGGCACGGUCGAAGGCCAUGUACGAACUUCCUCGACUGUCAAGAAGCCGAUAUCAUUCAAAGCCGUAUCAGUCAAUAAAACUUUUCUGGCGGCGAAGGGUGCUACGGGUCCAGCACCACCGAAGGCCGGAGAUAAAGGGACUAUCAGCUCCACCACGAGCUCUGCAACCGCAUCAGCAACUCUGGUAUCGAAACCUCGGCUAGUUGCAAAGUCCGGCAAUAACUUGAUAUCGGCCUCGAGAACAGCCGCAGCAGGCGCGGGCAGCAAAUCUGGAGCGGCGCCGGACGCAAGUGCUGUGUGGAAUAAGAAUAGGCCUGCACCGAUACCAGAACCGAAAAGGGUUACUGAUGAAGAGCUGGCUCAGAAAUAUGGCAUCCAUCUCGCGACCCGAUUGCAAUCGGACGAUCCUGGAAGGCAAGCAAAUUGGGCAGAUAUUGACGAUGAUGAUGAUGACUGGGCACCACAAUCAAUAGAAUGGUCGGACGGGACAAAAAUUUCUAUGCCGCAGCAGGUAGAAGAUCUUGUUCCAGAAUUGCCUAAACCAGCAACCCCAAUAGCUGUUAAUGAGGUCGAAAAGACAGCAUCACCUUCCCUACCCGUGGCGUCGACAAUGAAACUUGGCUCGAUGGCUGGUGGGACUGGAAGAGGCUUGGUUCUUAAGGGAGCAUCUGAGAAGCCAACACUUGUCGCGAAACCUCCAGCUCUCCCUGUACCCGCCAAGUCGCCUUGGGCACCUCUACCCCCGAUGGAUAAAGUUGCGCCGAUUGUUACAGAUAUCCCUUCUCAACCGCAACAAGUCCCGCGGUUCGGUACUAGAGAUCCUCAUGGGUUCGACGGUAUGCCAUCGCCGGCAAAAGAAAUCGCCGCCGAUGACUUCAGCCGAUCAUGGAGAGAUGGCAACGCUGGCGCCAGCAAGGAGUUGUACAACUCACAGUCUGGGAGAUACGAGCCCGUCAAUGAUGGACGUAGAGGAAGCCGAAAUGAACCCCACCCACGCCAACUGGCUCUUCUGCAAAGACACCAAGAGACUCAAGGCCCAGCUGAGCCUUCUGCCGCAUUUCAAACACACAGAGCAAAUCUGCAAGACCCAUCGUAUGGCCGUCGUAGGGCGUCAUCUAAUGUUAGUGGUGGAAGUGGAAAUUAUGCUAGGCGACUUAGUAGGGGCCAGGAAAGCUACCCACCACAGGACACAUUUGGGGCGCGCCGUGGUUCAUUGGUUGCAGUCAGCGACGAACCCCUACACUCUCCGUCUGGACAUCCUAGCCAAAGGGCAAACCAGCAGCAGCAGUGGCAAUCACGUGCCUCGCCUGUUGUAAGCCAUGCCUCGCCUGCGUCAGCUCUUGCCCAACCCGCAGUAUCAUCGACUCCAGGAAUCCCAUUGGAAGACGAAGUGGAACUACAGAAGAAAAUUAUGCGAGAGAGCCGAGAGCUUGCGAGAAAAAGGAGACUUGAUGAAGAAGCUCGCGAAGAGGCUGAGCGAAAAGAGCGAAUUCGACUGAAGUUGGAGGCAAUGGGCCCGCCACCAGAAUCUAAGAAGCCAAAGAAGGAUACGCCAAAGGACGAGAAAGCCACUCCUAUCCAGAUUCAAGCUCGAGAACCCGCCACAAAGUCUACGGUGCCACCAAAAUUACCUAUUGGCGAAUCUACAGGCGAAGUUAAGCAAUAUGGUAUGAUGAAAGUACACCCACCAGAGCCGGUCAAAGCGGCCGCCGCACCUAUCGUUGAGCCGCUAAGCAAAGAGAAGGCGGGCGAUGAAGUCAAUAUCAACGGCAUCAUACCAGAGGUCUCAUCCCGUGGUAGCCUUGACGCGCAGGUUCCGCCGACCCAACCCCAAUCUUGGCAUAGUAGUCAGAAUGCGGCUCCAGAUCGAGGUUUCCCUCCUUGGUCUAACCCAGCGUCACAUCCCGCUCAGGGACGAAGCGUCUGGGGACCACCAAGCAAUGAUCGCACGUUGGGUAACGGUACCUUUAAUCCCGAAUUAUCUGUCCAGUCUUCUCAAAUUGCACCAGUUGGCCCAGGGCCGAUUGGCCCGCCGACUUCCAGUAGGACAAAUGGCCAAUUUCAAGGUCGUGGCCGCGAUCAUUAUGCUCAACGACCAGCCCCUAUUGCGCCGCCUUCCAGACAUCAAGAACAUCGACCGGCAAUGGCCUCCGGUUGGACCAGUGGCAACAUCCAGUCGAGACUUGCGGAGGAUGAUGCCCGUAUUCUUGCAGAACAAGAGAUCGCGCAAGCGUCUCGAUCUGACGACGUAGUGGCGCCAAUUAAAGAUACUUGGCGGCAGGUGACGUUAUCAAGCGACGGACAACGUCAAGAGGCAAAUAUCCCUUCACAUCCAAUCGUCCCUGGUGCUUCGCCCAGCGGCCCACCAACAUGGUCGGAUUACUCUGUUAGGCCGAGACACGACGAAACAUCUCAAUACCAACCUAUGGAACAGGGGGCUCUCUGGCCUCAAGGUCAUGCAAAUGAGACACCCUCUACCUCUACCUCUGGUGCCCUCCCGCCUUCUCGUGGCUCGCGAUUCUUUCCUCAAGUUCGGGAGUUGCCGAGAGAUGCAAUGGCUGAAGAGCGACAAUAUGCGCGCCCAGGUUCUCCAUCACCCCCACCCCCAACAAUGGCAGGGCAUCCGGCAUAUGAUGGAGAUGUCGCUCGCCCUCAUGUCUCUCUACCACGUCCACCGCCGGUAGUUAAGCUGCCUCCAGCACCCGUCUUAGCACCAAUUGCACCCCCGAAGCCAGCAUCAUUUGCCGCAGCCGCGGCCGCAGCAGGCCCAACUGGACCCAUCUCAACCUCACCAUUGCUUCCGAGGUCUCAAGCCAUAAAUACCCAAACAGCGAACCAAAAAUCGCAAUCUCCUGCCGCUGGAGGUUGGCAAGAUAAGAUCAAUUCGCUUAUGGGGCGCCGAACCUCACCUCCUAAAUCUCACGCUUUGGCCGUCGAUUCUUCGAGUAAACAUGCGCUGGACCAAUCAAUCAGUCAAAUUCCUGCUGCUACGGUGUCUCUUCCGGGGAUCCCUGCCGCUUUGGACGAAUAUAAUAUGUACGAGACUAAGCCAAUGGCCGAAGAGUGCUUUGAGGAACAGGAAAUGGGUUACGUUCCUACUGUGAAGGUACCCAACAAAGCUCCAGAUGCUGCCUUCUUCCUCGCAGCGCCCCAAGUAAAGCCGCUUCCUCGCAAGUUUGUCGUUUCGGACGUCACCAGCGCCAAUAGCCUGAACUUUUCGCCUCAACUCAAUAAUGAGGGCGAAAUUGUCUUGAUUCUACUGCCUGGAAUGGAGGCAAAUAAGCGCGUCACUAUCGCACAUAAAUCGGAACCUCGCCAGAAGAGUAAUCCAAGACGGUCCGGCCAAGGUCGGGGGAAUUCCCAGCGACACGGGCCCUCUCCUCAUAACCGUGGCGGAAGGUCGCGCGACACCUCGAGUACCUUCCCAGCAGCUUCUACGGAACAAGGGUCUCCGUCCACAACCCAAGGGACAUCAACCCCGAACAGGGGGCGUGGAAGGGGCGGACUCGGAAAUAACUGGGCUCAUCGCUCUACUACAACACCUCCCAACGCCAUCAAUGUUUGACUUCAAACGCGCCACUAAACCCAGGCUAAAUUUUUCCAGCCAAUCGACGCAAACUAUAUUUUGAGAACUUGUUUCCGUCCUAACCAACCUAUAAUUUUUUCCAACAAACCCUCCAAACUUGUACUUUACCUCUCUCACUACGACACGGUUUCCCACUACGGAUAUGCAUGUAAUUUGGGGGGAGCCGCUAUUCUAUGCGUGUACAUAAGCAUUUCAUCUCCAGUUCUUAUUGCAUGCGGUUUUUGCUCCAGGGUCGGAGCUGUGUUUUUUUUCUGGUCUCUUUCGAGAAGGGCGGAAAUGGCAUGUGUAUUCGGAUAGGGAGCGAAUCUGAAAUUCCCGCGACAGCAUUGGGGGGGCACUAAUGAAUGGGCUGGCCUGGUCUAUUUUGACAGAUGCUGGCUGUCAGGUCAUGUCUGCCAUCGAGCUGGACGCUGGAUGUGGGCGAGAUGCAGUAGCUACUUUGAUAAGAACUGAGAGAUAAAUACAGCCUUCAAAUUCAGAUAUCAACUGUGAUGUUUUUUUAUAUUGGUUGGAUUAUUUGACUACGUUUUGAAAUUUGGUCCCACCGUGAAAUCGUAUGGUUCAUGCCAUAGGAGAGCCCUUGACUCCUUCCUCAAACG